AUGCAGACACUUCAGUCCCAUUUCUUCGCGGUUCGCGAGUACAUUAGCCCCGUCCUGAAAGAGAGCAAGUUCAAAGAGCACGGUCGCAUCACGCCAGAGGAGUUCGUCGCAGCGGGUGACUUUUUGGUAUACAAGUUCCCCGUAUGGACAUGGGAGAAAGGAGACGCUACCAAGACCCGCGAUUUCCUGCCUGUUGAUAAGCAAUACCUCGUCACGCGCGGGGUGCCCUGCCUGCGGCGCGCGACGUCGCUCGCGUACACGGACGACGACGCGGACGCCGAGCGGCUGCUCUCCUUCGCGGAUUCGUCGAUGCCGAGUGCGGAGGGCGACGAGUGGGUCGAGACACACGCGGGGCGCAAGUCGGCCAAGGAGGGUGGAGGCGAGAUCGCGGAGAUUCCUGACUUGGAGAUUCCUGGGGACGGCGAGGGGCUCGAUGGGCUCGCGUCAGGAAUGGGCGCGUUGUCGCUCGGUGCAGGCGGGGGUGCGGCUGGUGGCGAGCCUGAAAUUUUGGAUUUGGAUGAGAUCCCGGACAUGGAGGAAGAUCUGGAGGACGAGGAUGAGGCGACUGCUGCGACGAAACCUGCUCCAGCGAAAACCUAUCCAUCCGGGCUGGUCGAUCCAAAUCCAGUUGAGGCGUCAAAGAACAAUCUUCUGCAAGUGCGAACUUAUGAUGUGAUGAUCACAUACGACAAGUACUACCAAACCCCAAGAGUCUGGCUGAUCGGCUAUGACGAGAAUGGCACACCCCUGACGCCUCCACAAAUCUUCCAAGACAUUUCGGCUGACCACGCCCACAAAACUGUGACAAUUGAACCUUUCAUCCACUCAACUUCUCUGCAAGCUGCCUCCGUGCACCCGUGCAAGCACUCGAGCGUGAUGAAGAAGGUCAUCGAGCGUAUGAACAACAGCGUCGUCGCUGAGCAGCUCGCGCGCAAAGCUCCUGCCGGCUCCUCCACUGGGCCAACAUCGCCCUCGGGGAAGGAAAAAGACGGCAAGAAAAAGUGGCUUUUCAGCAGGAAGGCGAGCGGGAGCGGAAAGGAUGCGCCCUCCAGUGCCACCGGCGAAGAAGAGGAGGUGGAGGGCAUGAGGGUGGACUUUUAUCUCGUUGUAUUCCUCAAGUUUAUUGCAAGCAUCGUGCCGACAAUCGAGGUCGACUCGACGACGUCUUUCUAA